AUGGGCAGCAGCAUCUUCCUAAUAACAACAAUAACAAUAAAAACUCCGGUUGCCAACCCGCUCGCCAAGCGUGGCAACUAUGGCAAAUAUCCCCCCAUGAGCAACGACGCAAAUAAACGGCCCUCAGUCCCCGGCGGCCCCGCUAUUCCUGGCUACGGUGGCGACGGUGGGCAGGGGGUGCUAAGAAUCUUCGGUGGAGGUUCGGUUGCCACCUACGACGACUCCACCUGGCAACGUAUAACGCACGCACCUUGA